AUGUUGGCACACACGUACAUCAUUCUCGAGCUGCUGACGGGCGGGGAGCUCCUCGAGAGGAUACGCAGGCGGGCACGCUUUACGGAAAGCGAGGCGUGCCGCAUCUUCCGCCGCCUCGUCUCCGCCGUGCACUUCAUGCACUCUCGGGGCGUCGUGCAUCGAGACCUCAAGCCAGAGAAUCUGCUGUUCACGGACAGCUCAGAGAAUGCCACCAUCAAGGUGGUGGAUUUUGGCUUUGCGCGGUUGAAACCUCAGGACAAUCAGCUCAUGAAGACACCCUGCUUUACGCUAAACUAUGCCGCUCCAGAAGUCUUGAGGCAGGCCAGCCCGGGCAACACUGCUGCGGGCUACAGCGAGUCCUGUGAUCUUUGGAGCCUUGGCGUCAUUCUGUACACAAUGCUGUCCGGGCGGGCACCUUUUCAAACGCCGAGUCGCAACGCCAGCGCCGCCGCGCUGAUGCAGCGCAUCCGCGAAGGCGAGUUCAGCUUCAAUGGGCCCCAGUGGGAGCCUGUCUCAGACCAAGCCAAGGACGUCAUCCGGGGCCUGCUCACCGUCGAAGCGCCACGCCGUCUCACCAUGGCCGAGCUCCGUGCGCAUCCGUGGGUGCACUCUCGAAGCAGCCAUUGGUCUGCCUCCCUCAUGACUCCAGACGUCCUCAGCUCGUCGUCCUCACCGCGUGCUGCUGAAUCGGCCGUGCGGGCAACCUUCGACGCUUUCCACCUCGCCACCCGCGGCGGCUUCCGCUUGCUUGACGUCUCUGCGGCUCCCUUGGCUCAGCGCCGGAGGCUAAAGCGCAACUCUGCAGACGUGCGAAGCGACUCUUCCGUCUCGACAAGCAGUGGGAGCUCCUUCACGUCUACGUCGUCUUCAUCCUCGUCUGCGUCGCUCAGCUCAGCUGCAGCAGCUUCAACGCGUUCGCUGGGCUUUGUGCCAGCACGCGAGGACUCAACUCGGAGUGUGGACAGCGUCUUUACGUAUCCGGAGACCAAGGUUGCGGCCUACCUUUCCACACUUCCUGAUGUGGUGGAGCGUCCCAGUGAGUCCGGUAUCACCGAUGACAUUGAGACCAUGACCGUAGACCUCGCCACCACUGGUCUGGCCGCGCCCUUGGCCAAGUCCGGCAAGCUGGAAACUCCCACUUUGCCGGCCACGGUAGUUACAGACUUGCCAGAAAACUCGCAAGGCACAGAAGUGAAGGUUGCUGCAUUCUCGUUGCCAACGAUACCAGAGGCAGCUGAAACAUCCGACGACAGCCGAGCUGAGAUCAUGGCCAGCACAGAACAAGCACUGCUUGAUGCCGAAGGGCCCAUUACACGCUCUCGGAGGAAGAGGCCUUCACCGCAAGAUAGCAUGACAGUCCCAACAAGUUUUUCAGAUGACGGGUCAGAAAAGAGUGAACCAAACACUAAGAAGUCAAAAAGGCGGUCACCACAGAAGUCUCCAAGCCGGAAACAACGGUAG